AUUGCCCGGAUUUGCAUUUGCAUAUCGCCAGAGGUUGUGUAGUAAUCCUUAUCGAGACACUUUAUUAUCGGAUUUGACUCAUCAAAAAUAAAAUGCCUCCAGCCCAUACCUCCAAAGGGAAGUCGCAAGUCGUCAACAUGCUCUACCCUCCAGGCACCUUCACACUCCUUGCAACGUUAUCGAACCACCUCCCUUUGGCCAAUAUUAUGUCUACUCCAGUGGUCCAAAGGCAAUUACUAUUGAAAGACCAAAGAACAAGGGAACUGGAAAGCCUCGAGGGGCACACGAUUAUCACAGCAUGAUGUGGGAUCCACGAAUUUAUCGAGGUCCGACUUACAAGACCUUCAAAAAGUCUGAGGAAGAGCGAUGCAAAAGGAGAACGCUGGAAGACGCGAGUGCAAGCAACGCCCAACGAAAAAAGGGCAUGACCAAGAGAAAGAUUCAGCAGACCAAUAUGGGAGGAAUAAUUCGUCCACGAACUCCACCGCAUCAUACGAGCAAAAUUGGUCUCGAAGACAUGGGAAUACAAACAGACCGUUACCUAGAAGAGAUAACUGAUGAAGUCGUGGAAAAAGACAUGUUUACCCAAACGGACCAGAUCUUUGAUCUGCCAGUACUCAAAAUAUUCUGUCCCUUCAAGCUUGGACUUGAUGUCGAAACGCAAAUUCAACCCUGGGAGUUGUUCCGUUUCGACGAUGAGGUCACUCCCGUAGUGACCACCGUGGUGGGCAAAAUUAUCGAGCAGGCCUUGUUCGAAACGAUGGAGGAAGUGGAACUCGAAAGCCUCCUUUCGCAACAGCGCGCAUUUGAGGAGAGGCAUCGCAUCGAGCUGAUGCGCCUUCAUCGCCUUCACCAACGGGAGCAGAAGAUCACGGCGGAGCGAGAACGGCUGAUUGCCCAGCGACAGAAGGAGGUCAUGGAGGAGAAGGAGACGCAAAAUAUCGUCACCGCAAACUUCUACUCUGCCAACUUGUUGGGCACCCUAAACAACAAUGCGCUCAAUGAACUCAGACGCCAAGGCUUCAUGAGUGGCAAUGAUGAUCUCAAUGAUACUUUCAUUCCCUGGCUUCAUGCCCGAUCCAUUCGGAAAGUGGGGAUUCGAGAAAAAUCGUCCGUCUUAUUGGAUGAAAUCAUUCAAGCGGUGGUUGACAAACGAGAAGCAGAAGUGGCUGACGGGAUUUGGCGUGAAAUUUCUGCGGAAAAUAAAAGAAUAUUGCCUCAGGAAUACUCGGAGGAUUAUGGAGAAGGUCUGGAAGAAUAAAAGGCGUGAGAAUUAGCCUUGCACCAACACAAUUCAGUAUAAAUAACAAUAUCACAUCUCAAGUUAUCAAGCCCGUAAAUAUUCGAAAUAACUAUAUCAUAAGAUUCGAUAUCCUUUUUGUAUUUUGUAUGUAAUGAUUAUAUACUAAUGUAAACUUAUUUUUGUAAAUGAA